AUGGCUACCCAGGACGGCUUCUACCUCGAGAACAGCAAUGGUAUUCUCCGUCGCGGUCUCAAAUGUGCUGGUGUCAUCACACCCCCACAAAAUGUCACCGCCAGACAAUCCACUUUCGACGUGAUAGUCGUGGGCGCUGGUUACGCAGGCCUGACAGCGUGCAGAGACCUUUGUACAUCCGGAUUCAAGGUGCUCCUUCUCGAAGCGCGAGACAGAAUCGGCGGGCGAACCUACACCGUGGAUGUUGGCGGACACUUGUAUGAGAUGGGGGGUACCUGGGUUCACUGGAAUCAGCCCCAUGUAUACCGCGAGAUGUCUCGUUACCGCAUGACGUCGCUCUCUACCAGCCACAUUGAAAACAGCGCAGGGCACAAUUACCAUUCUACCGUCUUCCAGGGCAAGACUACGAGAAUGGACCCUGAAACGGCGCACAACCUGACUGAAAAAGCGUUCCGGAUGCUCUGCGAUGUCGAUGGAAAGUUGGGUCGGCGAGUCAUGCCCUAUCCACACGAUCCACACUAUUCCCCGGACGCCAAAGAGUGGGAGACCAUGUCAGUUGCGCAGCGGCUCGAGCAGAUAAAAGCAGACCUGACGGCUGAGGAGGUCUCCUUGCUGAAAUCAAGCCUGUCUUCGAUUUGUGGAGCCGGCAUGGACAAAGCUGGCUUCUUUGACGUUCUCCGGUGGUGGGCUUUAGGGGGAUACACAAUGGACGGAGUAUAUGAGACCGGGGAUCAAUUCAAAAUUGCAGCCGGACAGUCCAGCUUCGCCAGGUGCUUCUUUGACGAGGCAAUGAGGACGAACAACCUCACCUACGCGUUCAAUACAACCAUCACGUCAGUUCAAGACCAGGAGAACCGCGUUGUGGUCAACGGCAACUGGUCUGCGAAAAGAGUCAUCUGCACUGUUCCGCUGAACGUCCUGCACAAAGUCAGAUUCGAGCCGACUCUCAGCCCAAACAAGAUGGCAGUCGCCAAUAUCAACCAGGGUGCAAAGUUCCACCUUGAAGUGGCUGGGCCUGCGCUCCGAUCAUGGUCUGGUGCAGCCUGGCCCGUCAAAAGACUCUGCCAUGGAUCUGGAGAUGGCUUGACUCCGGAGGGCAAUACUCAUCUCGUUUUCUUUGGAUCGAACAAAGAUUUUAAUUCUCCUGAGCUAGAUGGUCAUGACUUCGUUGCUGAUUGCAAAGAUCUGCAUGAUAUGGAUGUCAAGAAGACGAUAUGGCACAAUUGGAGCAAGGAUCCCUUUGCAGAAGGUGCAUGGUGUAUGUUCGCCCCGGACUCCAGCUUCCAGCACCUCAAGGCGCUUCAGCAGCGAGCUGGCAACGUCGUUUUCGCAAACUCGGACUGGGCAGUGGGUUGGCGGGGGUUUAUUGAUGGUGCAAUCGAACGAGGCGCACUGGCUGCUUACGAUGUCUCUUUGGAUCUUCGUCCGCCAGAGAUCGAGUCCAAGAUAUGA